ACAAAGCAACUUUUUGUACAUGUUGGGGUUCCGUAGACGGGCGUUUCUUGUAGGUUUCUAGCGCUUUGGCGGGUACCGUAAAAAAUAAAUAAACAAAGUUAAACAUGGAAGAAACUGGUGAAACAACUCCGGAGGAAAUUCGUCACAAAGGUGCUAAAAGUUCAGGAGAUAAUGUGGAGGAUCAGUCUAGUAAUGCAACAGGAGAUGUUUCGUCUCAGUCGUCGGGUCAUGGAAAUGAUUCUCGCCGGUCAGACGGAGCCGAACCCCGGAGGAACAGGCUAUUGCUGUUCAACAAAGUAAUGGAGAAGAGCCUACAGAAGUUUAUAUCCGAUGCAAGUUUUCACAGAUUUGCCCACACGUUCCAUCCGUUCUACAAGAAGAACCCACAGGUGACAGAGAACAUCCACAAGCAGUUCAUAGAAGACCUACAGAGGACUAUACAGGAUGACAUCAAUAAACUGAUCGAAGAGGGGGAGCUACAGUGCAAACUGGAUGAGCUGAACAAGCUAGAAGAAGCUGCUAAGAACAGCCAAGACCCUGCAUGGCGUCCCAGUGGAGUGCCUGAGCAGGACCUGUGUAGUUUUGUGACGCCAUACUACCUGAAGCAGGAGGCGUACCUGCGGAGGGAGCUGAAGAAGAUUCUGCAGGAGAAUGCUGUGCUGGCUCAGAGGGUGCAGGCAGGCAGGGAGGGCAUCGCUCAGACCGAACAGCGCAUCGCAACAGCUGUGGACGAGUGGAAGGCACCUGCACAGACAGCUUUUGCCGAGUUCCAAGCGCUCUCUUCCUCCCUCUGCCCUCCUGCGACCUUUGAUGUUUAACCCCGAGUAAUGACCUGUUCUAAAGCAGAUGGGAUUUGACCAAUUUGAAUCAUAACCCUAACCCUGACAUGUGUAAACUGUUCAUUUUUGUAACUAGUAUACCAGUUAUUUUAUUCCAAUGUCUGCCUUGCGCUUUUUGUUAUUAAAUAAACUCAAAACAAAAAAACGCAACACAAACACAUUUGCU